GUUUGAAUCGGAUGGAGCUGUUCUUUCCCCAUUUCAAUCACAGCUGCAGCGAAGCGGAAACUUCCCACAGCCCUCAAACACGCUCGCUGAUCUCGGCGUGAUAUUCUCUUCUCUCUGCAUCGAGUGUGGAUGUCGACUGAGCCGCCGCCGCCGUUCGCCCUGAAAACAAGAGAGAGAUCGGGGUUCACGCGAACAACUCCCCGGUCCAUGCACGUCUGUUUCUUUUAAAGGAAAGCACCAAACAGCCACGUACCGACACAGCAUACAUGCGCUAACUUGAGCUAGCCAGUAGCUAGCCAGUGCAGCAGCGGUCAGUGCAUGGCUACGCAGAGACCAGCAGCUCUGACUCUCCCUCACAGACGUUUGACAUGGGGAGUAAAAUGUCCUUCAGCAGAGGAAGCAGUGACCAAAAUACCGUCUCUGACCUAACUUCUGUGACACCUCAUCCUCGCAGUUCCAUUCAUGCUCCUUCGGACUGCAAGCAGAUACCUGAGGAUAAGAGAUGCAGUGAUGAAGACCUGGACUCCAGUUGGAGAGAGGAAAUGAAGGCGACAGAACCGAGUCAAACUGCCCCUGAGUCCCACUCAUCAUGGGCUCUGGAGUCUGACGGCCAUGUUAACUCUGAAACAGGCGUCGGAACUAAUAGUCAGCAGAGUGAGCACAUGUCAUCACAGGUAGGGAUGGACGCAAUGCCUCCUGCGAUCGUGUGCAGCUCAACAACAGACAGUCACAGACAGACUUUGGAGGUCUGCAAAAAACGCAGGCGCACUCGUAAAAGAAAAUCGCGGUUGACUGCGGCAGACAGAAACAAUCCACAUACAGCUGGUGUUGAUGCAGUUCAGCACAAGGAGAUCAGCACCACCAGACGUUUGCCAGCAUGUUUAGAAAACCACAACAGUGGUGAUGUGCCUCAAACUGUAGACGAUCCUUUAAUAAAUAAUUCUGCUCCUCAUACUGUCUCUGAUGGUAAAGUAGAAGACGGUGUGCCUGCGUUGACAAAGAGAAGAGGGCGGCCAAAAAGAGCACAAAUCUCAGCUUUUAAAGACAUCCAUACUGAGGCAGCCGAUGCCAGUACCCCUGCUGCUUCCGCUCAUGUCAGCAACAUUAACGGUCCUGCAAGGAGGCUGAGGAGUAGAGGAGAGAGGAAUGAACACACUGCUUCUGAUAACAAGCAAACCGAGUUGUCUCCUCCUGAAAGUAGUAAUGCAUCAAAUUUACAAGCUGUUAAAAGAAGAAGGAGUAAACUGGCUGAUCAGCAGGUUCCAGCUAAAGUGUCCAGACUGGAGGAUUCCCAGGAGGUCCCUGCAGUGUUGAGCAAGUACAUAGGCUGUGGGGGGAGAGUGGAGACAGAUAAGCAGGUGGAACUAAACACCGACAAACAAGAGACUGAAGCCGACAGACGGGAACAUCAGUGCUCCCCGCAGUCAAGAACAGGAGAGCAACAGACAGAGCUCAAAGAAGUUGCAGUACCACAAAGGAGACUGCGUUCCCAGGCAGCAGCUGAGUCUGAAGUUGUUCCCUCAAAGCAUCUAAACAGUCUAAAUCUGGCAAGUCUUUCUCUAAGUGAUGAACCUAAGAUUAAACAGUCAGUGGGCAUCACUGACAGCGAGAAGUCUCACUCACAAAGCAGACCUGACUUUCCAAGAGACACAAACAUGCAGAGUACAGAGCUGUCCGUCAGUGACGUUGGAUUGUCUACCGAAGAAACACCCAAACUUGCUGGCAGCAGCCCUGCUGUGAAAACUGAGAAUAUAGAGGCGGAGCUGGAUCAUUUAAAUCUUAUGUCAGAGUCAAACACUUCUAAAUCUCCACAACACAGUGCCAACACCACCCCUAAAUCUAAGGGUCCGAACAGUCAGAGAAACACUUUAAGGCGCAAGAGAGGCGGCAAGAGGAGGAGGAGAGUUAGUAAUGUGUUGAUAAAGAGCGAGCAACUUGUUGAGGGCCUGGAAGGCAGCACCGACACCCAAGUCACAGCAGACUGUGCAGACGUGGAUAAGGAGGCCAAGUUAGAGGAUGACGCAAAUGUCAUCUACAUUAAAAGAGGAGGUAAAACUCUGAUGAAAUGUGGCUACUGUGGUCGUGUAUUUAAAUUUCAGUCCCAGUUCGUCAUCCAUCAACGGAUUCACACGGGAGAGAGGCCGUUCAAGUGUCCCGAGUGUGGCAAAGGUUUUACCAAAAAUUCCAACUUAAAUCUGCAUCUCAAGACGCACAGAAAGAGCAACAUUUAUCAAAAAUGCCCAUUUUGCAAGAUCAAAUUCUCUUGCUCUGAGUACACUUCUCAUAUGGAGAUGCACGCACAAGAGCUGGCCAAGGAAUCCGAGAAUGACAAAUCCGCAAAACAGAGUGGAGGGGUCGACAAUGAAUAUAGUCUGGCACCUCAGACACCAGUUUCCUCGGGAAAGAAACAACGGAAAGUGUGUCAGUACUGUGGUAAAACGUUCCCCUUUCAGUCCGCACUUGUAAGACAUGUGCGUGUCCACACAGGGGAGAAGCCUUAUAAGUGUGAUAUAUGUGGCAAAGCUUUCGGUCAGGCUUAUUUCCUCCGCGUUCACGAGCUCACGCACUGGUCUGUGAAGCGCUAUAACUGCACGCUUUGUGAAAAAUCAUUCACUCAUUACAGCAAUGCAAAAAAUCACACGUGUAGACCCACGGGAGGCAACAACUCAGAACCCAACCGACGCACAAGGCCUUCACUAACAUACACGUGCCACAUCUGCAAGAAUGUUUUUGACCACUUGCAGGAGUUCAACAGUCACAUGAAAGCCCACACUGGUGCCAAGCUUUACCGCUGCUUGUUCUGUGACAAGCUGUUUGGCGUAAUGUCUGAAUUUAACACCCAUCGCAACCAGUGCAGAGAGAGAAACGCCUCCAGCUCUGCUAUAAAGGAGGAAGACAUGUCGUUGAUACAGUACACAGUGCCUGCUCUGAGGUGUUCGUCAGCACACUACUCAGCUUCUCCCAUCGUAGCUGCAAACUGCGAAACACAGAAAAAACCACCACAGAUGAUCAACAAGAAACGCAUCGCUAACCGAAAGAAACCGUUCCAGUCAGUCGUACCGGCCCACCAGCUCUCAUAUCUCGUGUCCAAGUUAAACAAACUAGAUAACAGAUCCGAUCCCAGGAAAUAUCUGUGUCCGAGCUGCGGGCGACAGUUCAGACACAUGGGCAGACUCCGAGCCCACAUGCUCACGCACGCCCCGGGUCAGAGUUACACUUGCACCUGCUGCGGUAAGACGCUACAGAACUGGAGAAAACUGUGGCGUCACCAGAGAAUCCACAGACAGAGACACGGUCGCUUCACUUGUCCUCAGUGCGGGCGCGGUUUUCGGUUUGCAGAGCCUUACAAGAAACACAUGAGCGAGCACCAAGAGUUCCAGUGGGUUCAGUUCAGGCCUAAGAAAGUGUUUCUGCCUUAUCAAUGUGAGCAAUGCAGGUGCAGCUUUAAGACUCUAGACUUGCUGUUCGGUCACCAGCUCUGCCACUCAGCAACGCAAGACACGCACAAGGACGCUGCUUUUGAUGUAUACGAUUUAUCAGAUGAUCUUAGUACGCAAGGAAACAAGAAAACGUUUACCCCUUCCACUAAUAACCAUAUUGCAUUGGUACAUGAACUUGAAGAAAGCAUUUCUCCUCUGAGAACCUCCAAACAUCCAGAUCCACUUCCUCCAGAGUCACAUACAGUGCCCGUGAUUUCUCUUGUCGAAAAUCAGGGGGUUGUUUCUGGUAAAACGUCCCUGUGCCCCAGCACCGCACACUCAAUCCAAGACAGAGGAACAAGCCAUGACAGAGAAGAUGGAAAUUCACUUGGAAAACCCAUUACACCUUUGAGAACUGUGAAAAGAUGCACGACCCAAAAUGCCAGCAAAUCAAAUGAUGGGACUUCUGAUGGCAUUCAGUGCGCUGUGUGUGGUAAUGCCUAUCCUGCCAUUUCAGACCUUUAUCAGCACUAUUUACAGCAUGCUAGAGGCCAGGUGUAAGAACAUGAACACAAAGAUACAAUUCCUCUUUCUAUUUGUUCAGACAGGGACCAUACAGUGGGAAAAAUAAAAACAUUACAUACCUGGAAAUUACUGAGUGUGCAAAAUAUUGGGAGGAGUAGAUGCAAAUACUUUAAUUAAGCGCAUGCAAUGUGAUUUACAAAGCCUGUAAAACAUUGCUGUCAUUGUGACUGCAUCUACAUUAAGGGUCUGAUCUUCUAAGAUCCCAAAUAAAGAUAACAUGUUUGUUUGCCUCUUACACUAACACCUCCAAUUCCAUGGCAUUACAUUUCGUACUUAAUAUUUUAGUAGAUCAACCUCAGAAAGCCUACCAACCAAAGUGCAAUCUGUCAUAAUGCACACGCAAUUCAACGCUGAAUCAGGCCCUUAAUGUCAAAAAGAAUGCAACUACAUUUUCAUGUUCAUUGGGAAGCUUGACACUAAAGCCACUACGCUUUGUUUUUUCUUUUGGUUUGCUUUUUCUUGGAAAGAAGCACUCCUGCUUAAUAACAAUACAUUUCAACAGGUUAUAUUUGUGAAUGGUUGAACAUAAAAUAUCAGAAAGCAAAUAACUGAAACAUUUUGAAUUUGUGUAUUAUCUUGUUGCUCUUAAUCCUUGUGCCAACUUUUUUAUUUUCACUGUCAACUCAGCUGAUCAGAUUUAAGACUGAAUUUAUAAACUCUGUUUAUAGAGUUUUCUUGAGUUUAAAGUAGUUGUAACUAUAAAAUCAAGUUUUUCUCAUCGAGUCACUCAAAAUUAUGAGCAAUUCAGUGAAUGAUUCAUAUAUUUUCAAAUUCAUUUCAUUUUAAUUUGUCUGUUGGCAUUUAUCGUGCGCAUGUUUGUCAAAGAGUUUGUGCUGCUGUGGAUUUGUGAUGUGAUGGCUGGAAGCAUGUGAUGCUAAAUUUCUUUUAGACAUUCCACACCUUCAGCACCACGUUCUGUCAAACAGCCAUUGUUCACUACGGUUUUUUCAUGCUUCAAUGUCAGGCGUAAUUAUUUUGAAACCAUAAAAAAAUGAUCUCCUACAUGGAUACUCUGAUCUGUUGUAAAUAGCUUAAUCUACAGUUUGUCUUCAAAACAAUAAAGGUCACUUUUGUAUUA